UUUAUCCAUAUUACGUUUUUUUAUAAAGCUCAAUAGCGUAGAAUUUAUAAAAAUGCAUGUGUAUAUAAGGCGCACCUUGCGUAAGUCAGCCAUUUUGUAUGUUUAUAUGUAUGUAUAUUGUAUAUAUAGCUGAUUUUCCUACCGUGAGCUAAAGUCAUUUUACAACGCGCAUAUAUAACGCUCUUUAUACCCAUAUAAAUAAAAAAAAAUAGCUUGUAAGCAGUAGCAAGCAUGAUUCAUGGUGCAGUUAUGUAUCUUACCUGAUUGUCAUUACUAAUGAUAACUCCAAAAACAAAUUAAACAAAUUUGUUAUUCUAAUUUGUCAUUAAAAAGUCUCUAUUAAUGUGAUAAUCUUACAUAUGAGUUAAAUUUUAAUAAUGACAAGUGUCGUUUGUGAUAGUAAUAAUAGUGCAACUAUUGUUUCUAUAUUUUAUAAAUGACUUCUUUAUUAUUUAAAUAGUAUUAAAAUACUUAUCUUCCAUGUUACAAUAAUAAUAUUAAUAAAAAGUUAUUCAUUUAUAAUACAAAUACGAUUAAAACAGUGACAUUUGAUACUUAAAUCAAUGCAACUAGAUCAUAAUUAAAAUAUUAUAGUAAUAUAUCAAAUAUAUAUAUAUAUAUAUAUACAUAUAUAUUUUACCAGAUCAUAAAUAUUUUAUAUUAUUAAAAACUAUCAAAAAUGAUGGCUGAUGAACAAUUCUCACUAGUGUGGAAUAGUUUUCCAUCCAAUUUAUCAUCUGGAUUAUACUCAUUAUUAACUGAUGAACAUUUGGUGGAUGUUACUCUGGCUGCUGAAGGGAAAAUUUUAAGAGCACACAAAUUAGUUUUAUCUAUUUGUAGUACAUUUUUCAGAGAUUUAUUUAAGGGGAAUACGUGUAAACAUCCCAUAGUGAUAUUAAAAGAUGUUAAUUAUCGAGAUUUAUCAGCGAUGCUACACUUUAUGUACCAGGGAGAAGUAAAUAUAAAACAAGAAGAUAUUGCAAGUUUUCUAAAAGUUGCUGAAACUUUACAAAUUAAAGGAUUAACAAAAGAUAAAACUGAGAACAAAAACCGGCCAGAAGAUACUUCAACACGAAUAGAAAACCUAAGUUCUACAGAAGACGACAAUACAAAUCAUAGUGAAUCAAUUCCACCAGAAUCUACAGAGAAAUUUGACCUGCUUUCGAAAGCUGUUGAGCGAUCGGAAUUAGAUGACAGUUCUCUUCAUCAAAAUAAUUCAACAACAGACCAUCCCGAUGAAAUUACAUCUCCAAGUAUCAUUACAUCUGAAAGUGAUAAUAAUUACAAGCAAGAAUCAACUGUUAAACCUAUGCCAUUUGACUUUAACGAAGAUGAUGAUCCUCACAUAGAUGAAAUAAAUAAUACCGUUGAACCACUUGAUUUUACUGCAGAUACUCGUCAAAUUAAUAAAGCUAAUGACAGACUCUACAAUUAUACAUAUGGCGUUGGUUGUUCUACGUCGUCAGCAGGAGUAAAUAGUUUAGAAGAUCCAUCGAUACAAUCAUCAUUACCAUCUUCUGAGAUUACGUCUUUCCAAACAGAUUAUUUUGAAGAGCCACCAGGUGCUAUUGAUAACAAUGUAAAUUAUGUAAAAGAUUUGCCAUUCGAUUCUUCCAAUCAAUCAAAAGUAGCGAAGGGCCGGAGAACUGUUAAAGGUAUUCAACACAGUGCAUUACCAUUGGAAACAACGUUACGUGUCGUUUCUGAGCUUGGACCCACGAUUCGAGUAGAAAAGGGAAAAGUUGUUCGUAUGUACUCAUGUCCUUGGUGUUUAAGACAUUUCACCCGUAAAGAAAAUCUUAAACUUCAUGUACGUUAUAUCCAUGGACCUCUUGAAAGCCUUACCUGCAAACUCUGUGGCAACAAAUACAAAAACAGUAAUAGUCUUCGUGUUCACUCGUAUCUCUACCACAACACUAAGAGAAACAAGCACAGCAAGUCUUCGUUAGUUAUGAAUAAUGUUUAAUAUAUAAUUUAAAAAUA